AUGGUGACGCUUAACGUUCUAGCGUUUGAGCCCGACGGUCGCCCGAUAGAGUUUGCCACUUGGCUUGACGACCUGCAGCUAUUUCUUAUGACAGAUGCCAAAGAUGGCGUUUCUCUGUUCGAUCACGCGCCAGGCACUGCCGUUGCCCCUAUUGCCACUGAUCCUGUUCUUCACCGCUCACAGUGGCAGACUCGCGAUGUUGCUGCGCGCCUCGCUAUCGGUAACCACCUGCCGAUCACUGAGCGCACGCAUUUUAGUCAGCACAAGAUUGCUAAGGCGCUAUAUGACGCUGUAGUUGCACGCUAUUCCUCCCCAACCACUGCAGUCAUAGGACGCCUCAUCCUGCCGUACCUGUUCCCCGACCUGUCCUCGUUUACCAUCGCUGAGGACCUCAUCUCUCACCUCCGCACUAGUGACGCCCGCUUUCGUGCCGCUCUUACCGACAUGUACCUCGCCACGAACACCUCACCGCUAUACUUUACCCUCUACAUCCUCGUCACUCGCCUCCCUAACACUCUUAGCUCGGUCAGGGACCAUUUCCUCGCCAAGGACCCUACCACUAUCACGCUAGCCGACUUCGAGCAGCAGCUUCUAGCAGCAGAGAAGAACAUCCUCGCUGUAGGUGCUGCCCGUGGCACUCCACGCACUCCCCUCUUUGAGGGGUGCUCCCCCUCCCCUCUUGCCCCCUCCUACGUCUCAGCUGCUGCUGCAGUCGACCUCCUCAGUGCUGAGAAGGUUGCAGCGGCUUCCGCUCCUAGUGGAAAGCGCGGCAGUGGCAGGGGCGGCAAGGGUGGCAGGGGUGGUGGCGGUGGCGGUGGCGGGAGCGGUGGUGGAGGCGGCGGGGGUGGUGGCGGUGGUGGGGGUGGUCUUGAGGGUGGAGGAGGUGGGUGGGGCGGUGGUGGAACCGGGAGUGGUGGAGGUGGCAGCGGAGGUAGUGGAGGAGGAGGCAGUGGUGGUGGCAGUGGAGGUGGGGGCGGGAGUGGGACCAGCCAUAAGGGGAGUUCCAGUGGUGGCCAGCAGCAGCAGCAGCGCCAGACCCCCUCUUCUCAGCAGCUCCAUGACUGCACCACAGUCACUCCCCUUCGUCGUCCUGUCCCUGUCUCACUGGCUGACCCCUUUGGGGGCCCAGUGCUUGCACGGUCCACCACUGUGCUUCCGUGUCCGGCGGUCCCGUCUGGUGAGCUGUCAGGUCUCCACCUCUCCUCGUUCUCUACGAACCUGGUGAGCAACGCCGUCCUUCAGGAUCACUGGGUUGACAUCUUAAAUCCUGGAGGACAGCGUGUGGCGAUCUGCACGUGCUUCCGGACAGGCCGCCACAUGGCCACGUUCACACGUGCGCCUGGGUCCAGUCUGUACACCCUCACCACUGCGUCGCGCUACACCCCUUGUCUCCCCAGCUGUACGCGUCUGCUCAGGUCUCUGCCUGCCCUCCCUCCCUCGCCUGCGCCACCCUGCAUUCGUUGUGUCGAGGGGCGGCAGCGCGCCGCUCCUCACUCCUCCUCGUUCCCUCCCACAGAGGCUCCACUGCAGACUCUCCACCUGGACGUGUGGGGCCUAGCCCGCAUCCGUGGACAUGGCCACGAGCGGUACUUCCUGCUGGUCGUCGACGACUACACGCGUUAUACCACGGUCUUCCCCUUGCAGCGCAAGGGAGACGUCCCUAAUGUUUUGAUCCCCUGGAUCCGCGCUGUUCGUCUCCAGCUCCGCGAGCGGUUCCAGUCGGACCUUCCUGUCCUUCGUCUGCACUCUAACAGAGGUGGUGAGUUCUCCUCAGACCUCUUGGCAGCCUACUGUGCGGAGCACGGCAUCUGCAAGACGUUCACGCUUUCGGCCUCUCCGCAGCAGAAUGGGGUUGCUGAGCGCCGCAUUGGCUUAGUCAUGGAGGUCGCUGGUACCUCCAUGAUCCAUGCGGCUGCCCCCCAUUUUCUGUGGCCGUUUGCGGUCAAGUACGCUGCACAUCAGCUCAACCUCUGGCCCUGUGUCUCUGUAUCGGAGACGUCGCCCACACUGCGUUGGAUGGGGGAGGUUGGCGAUGCAUCGUGUUUCCGCGUCUGGGGUGCCCGUGCCUUUGUUCGCGAUACCGCUACGGACAAGCUCUCCCCUCGCGCCAUUCCCUCCGUCUUCCUUGGCUUUGUCCCUGACGCGCCUGGCUGGCAGUUCUACGACCCACCCAUGCGCCGUGUAUUUGCGUCUCAGGACGUCACCUUUGACGAGUCCGUCCCCUUUUACCGUCUCUUCCCUACCGCACUACUCCUCGCCCCCCUUCGCCGCUCUUUCUCGCUCCAGGGUGUGGAGCCUGAGCCUAAGGAGCCUGGGGGUGCUGAGACUGGGGGUGCUGAGCCUCGGGGUGCGGAGCCUGCGUGUGAGGAGCCUGGGGGUGCGGAGUCUGGGGGUGCUGAGCCUGCGUGUGCGGAGCCUAGGGGUGCUGAGUCUGGGGGUGCUGAGACUGCUACUCCGCGGUCUCCUUGGAGUACCCGUCUUCGUGCGCGUGUACCUCUCACCUCACAGCAGCUGCACGACUGGUACGAUCGCCGUCAGGGUCGCGCUUCUGGAGCUCGGAGCUCUGCUGCUAGAGGUACUUCUACUGCCGUUACUGGAGUUGGGAGUGGUGCUGGUCUCAAAGGUGCUCGUACUGGAGGUACUGGAGCUGCUGGGGCUGGAUGUGCUGUUGAGCCUGAGGGUACUCCUGGUGGAGACCCUGGAUCUGGGGGUGCUGCUGCUGGAGACACUGAGGCUAGUGACCUUGGGACAAGAGGUGCUGGUUGUGGGGGUGCUUCUGCUGAGGGUGCUGGAGCUGCUGAGGAUGCUGGAGCUACUGAGGGUGUUGGAGCUGCUGAGGGUGCUGGAGCUGCUGGAGGUACUGGAGCUGCUGAGGGUGGUGGAGCUACUGGUGUUGGAGCUGCUGGUACUGGUGGCGCUGCGCAGCGACGCCUGUUCUUUGCCCCGCCUUCUCCGUCGUCUCUACCAACGCCUGCCUCCGUGCUUCGCCAGAUUCUUAGCCUCCCGUCAUCUACUGGUCUUCCGUUACAGCCUGGCUCACCCCUGCCUGCUCCUUCUCCUUACACUGAGCAGUCAGGAGGUCUUGCUGAGCGUCCGUCAGCGGUGUGA